AUGAGGUCCCUCGUCUCCUUCCUGCUGCUCCUGCUUGCCGCAGUCGCCCAAGCCGUCAGCUCUAGCGGCGAGAGGUUGCUGGUUAUCUUGGACGAUGUCGCCGAGAAGGCAGGCUAUUCCAAGUUCUUUGGUGACUUAGAAGCUCGUGGCUUCAAGAUCGCCUACGAGACACCCAAGAGUGAGAGCUUGAACCUUUUUAAGCUCGGCGAGCGCGAGUACGACCACCUCAUCUUCCUGCCCACCAAGGCCAAGGGUCUCGGUCCCAGUCUCACGCCCAACGCUAUUGUCCAAUUCAUCAACGCCGACGGCAACGUCCUCGUCGCCCUGUCCGGCAAGAGCUCUGCUCCUACCUCGAUCGUCUCGACCCUCCUCGAGCUCGACAUCCACCUGCCCCCGGACAGGAGCGGCCUCGUUGUCGACCACUUCAACUUUGAUGUCGCCUCGGCUGCUGAGAAGCACGAUGUCGUCCUCCUCUCCGCUCCCGGCUCUCUUCGACCCGACGUCCAGGACUUCUUCACUCCUGCCGCCCCCAACGGCGAAUUGCUCGCCUUCCCCAGCGGCGUAGGACAGACACUCGGCUCGGGCGCUCUGCUGGCCCCUAUCCUGCGUGCUCCCCACACCGCCUACAGCUACGACCCUAAGGAACAAGCCGAGUCCGUCGACGACAUUUUCGCUUCCGGAAACCAGCUCUCACUCGUCACCACCUUCCAGGCCCGCAACUCUGCUCGAGUCACCGUCAUUGGCAGCGCUGAGAUGCUGAGUGACAAGUGGUUCGACGCCAAGGUCAAGAAGAACGGCAGCAAGACCUCGGUUGCUACCUUGAACCGCGACUUCGCCAAGCGAGUCUCUGGCUGGACCUUUGGCGAGAUCGGUGUCCUGCGAGUCAACUGGAUCGAGCACCACCUGAACGAGGAGGGCCAGAGCAACGCCAGCAACCCCACCAUCUACCGCAUCAAGAACGACGUCACGUACUCCAUCUCCCUGUCCGAGUACGUCUGGGACGCCUGGACAUCCUUCUCCGUCCCAGAGAAGGAUGCCCUUCAGCUCGAGUUCAGCAUGCUGUCUCCUUUCCACCGCUUGCCCCUGGAGCCCGUCCACAGCUCCUCCGACAGCACCACCUACUCGGCCUCGUUCAAGCUUCCCGAUCAACACGGAAUCUUCAACUUCAAGAUCAAUCACAAGCGCCCCUUCUACUCCAACGUCGAGGAGAAGAACACCGUCUCCGUCCGCCACUUCGCCCACGACGAGUGGCCUCGCAGCUACGUCAUCAGCGGUGCCUGGCCCUGGAUCUCGGGCAUCAGCGUUACCAUUGUCGGAUGGGUUGCCUUCUGUGCUAUUUGGCUGUACAGCAAGCCUGCGCAGUCGGGCGUCGAGACAAAGAAGACACGUUGA